GCAUGUUAGACCGCAAGGCGGGAAAAAUAGCUACCGAGCGGCGCACGUUAAAAGUCGCCGGCUUUCUCGCCGACAACGAUGAGGAGCGCUGGCCGGAAGACACCGGAGAGAUGGGAAGCCGCCUCCAGUGCGACGAGGGCACCAAAUCGGUGGGAUUUCAAAGGGACGGCAUCCACAAACUCCGUUGACAGCAAUUGGUCGGCGGCUUCUGGCUGGAACCCGAUCCAGAUCGCUGCCCGUGCGAUCGGCUCUUGCUUCUCUCCGGCGAUGCCUCCCCGGUCUCCGACCGGAGACUUCUCUGAAGAUCUUCAUUUGCGGUCUCCUAUCCAAUCACCAUCUGUCAGUAUUCAUGGGAAUUCCAAGGAAGAUGGAAGGAAGAUCUUGGGCAUUGGAAUGUAUGGUGGUGGAAGUGGUUAUGGUUCUUCACAGAACCAAUCUGGUGGCAUGAAAUUCACACCAGCAGAAAUCCAACGGGCAACAAAGAAUUUCUCUCCGGCUUUCAAGAUUGGACAAGGUGGUUUUGGCACUGUGUACAAAGGGAAGCUUGAUGAUGGCACGCUUGUCGCCAUUAAGCGGGCAAAGAAGAGUAUUUAUGAUAACCAACUUGGCCUAGAAUUUCAAUCUGAGAUUCAGACUUUAGCGCGAGUUGAGCAUUUGAGCUUGGUGAAAUUUUUCGGAUUUUUGGAGUAUGGGGAUGAGAGGAUUGUGGUUGUCGAGUAUGUUCCUAAUGGAACUCUUAGAGAGCAUCUUGAUUGCGUACAUGGAAAACCUCUUGACCUCGCUGCGAGGCUGGAUAUAGCAAUUGAUGUUGCUCAUGCUGUUACAUACCUUCACAUGUACACAGAUCAUCCAAUCAUCCAUAGAGAUAUUAAAUCAUCCAACAUCCUUCUCACUGAAACUCUCCGUGCCAAAGUUGCUGAUUUCGGCUUUGCUCGACUUGGUGCAACUGAGUCCGGAGUCAGCCAUGUGGAAACCCAAGUAAAAGGGACUGCUGGCUAUCUCGACCCUGAAUACCUCCGAACAUAUCAGCUCACAGAGAAGAGUGACGUCUUCUCCUUCGGCGUCUUGUUAGUAGAACUAGUAACAGGCCGGCGACCUAUAGAACCAAAAAGAGAACUCCAAGAACGUGUAACACCGAAAUGGGCAAUGAAGAAGUUUAUGGAGGGAAGCUGUGUUCAGAUACUUGAUCCAAAUCUUGCGCCAUCUCCAAGGACUAAUCUUGCAACGGAGAAGAUCCUGGAGCUGGCAUUGCAGUGUUUGGCUCCAACAAGACAGAGUAGACCAAGAAUGCAAAGAUGUGCUGAAAUUCUGUGGAAUAUCCGCAAGGAUUACAGAGAGCUCUUGUCUUCAGAACCUCUUCAGCAUCAGCAUUCCAAGGACUCACAAGUAUGAGAAGACUGUCAGCUAGUACUGUGUGGUAUAUUGAUGCAGCGAUAUACUCGAACUGUUGAUUCGCGCACGAAUACCCAGUACAAGCCUUCAAAACCUGUUGAUCAAAGAUAGCCAGGAAU